ACAAGUCCGGAGGCGGUUCUGAGGGAAAGCGAAAGUAAACUUUACGGUUGUGUUCAGCUCGUACCUGCAGCAGUUUAUUCUGAAUUUGAAACGCAGCGCAGUCUGUAUUGAGUGGCGCUGACGUGUUGCUUUGAGGCAACGGAACAACUGUGUGAGCGGUAUUCAGUGAUGUUCGGGUGGAGAGGGUGAAGGUGGAUCCUUUACUGAGGACGUCAAGGGUGGGCGGAGCGGCGCCUGCUUCUCUGAUGGUGCCUGACCUGCUGUCUUCCUCCAGCUGUACGCCUUGUUAUCGCUGAUUCCAGCAAAGGCAGUUCCUACUCUGUGUUGCUCGGUCUCUCUUUGGGAUUCCUUUUAACAAAAGAAGAUCAUGACAACCCGACAGUUCCUGCUUGAAGUUCUCGAUGAACUGAGCGAAGACGAUUUCGAAAGGUUCCUGUUCUUUCUAGGGGACAACGUAGAAUUUAAACCGAUACCACGCGGGCGGAUGGAGGGGAAAUCUCGUCAGCAAAUGGCUUCUCUACUCCAGGAUUAUUAUGCCGAAGAAGCUCAGGAUAUCUGUAGAAAGAUCCUCAAUCAAAUUCCCAAGGUUGAUCUGGUAAAGAAAAUGUUUGGAGACGGAAAUACGAAUGGCUCCAAGGGCACUUCAGUCCAGAGGAAGAGAGAGAGACUGGAGGGCUGUGAAUGUGAUGGAGUUCUGUCUGAACCUUUGGACAAUGAAGUCAUCAUGUCAAAGAAAAACAAGAUGGAGCCAAAGAUAUUAACAGACCAAAAACUAAUGCAACUGGCUGAAAACAUGGGCCGUAAUUGGCAGCAAAUUGGAAUCCAAUUCCUAGGUCUGCAAAGCUAUGAAAUUGAGCAGUGUGAAUCUCAGCAUCUGUUGGUUGUCAUGCAGAGAUUUGAAAUGCUCAAAUGCUGGAGGAACCGCGAAAAGGAGGGAGCAACUGCUCUCAAACUUCACUCCAUUCUGGCUCACAAGGAAUGCCCCAUUAGUUCUGCACAAUUUGAUUUUCUUCAAAAAGGCAAUUAAUGACCAAAGUCAAAGAGAAGAAUACUUUUGUAAAAUAUUUUAAAUGAGCCUUAAAUGUUGUAUAUUUUGAAUUAAAAUAAAGGAUAUAUCCAUGA